AUCUCAGGAAAGGCAUCCGUUUUCUAUUACCUCAGCCCCUGGCGACGACUACCUUAGUGUUCACAUACGACAACUGGGAGAUUGGACUCAGGAGCUCAAAAGGGUAUUCUCUGCGGCCUGUGAGCCUCCUGUAGCUGGGAAGAGCGGGCUUCUUAGGGCUGAUGAAACCACCAAGAAAUGUUUACCAAAGCUAAGGAUAGAUGGACCUUACGGUGCACCGGCACAAGACUACAGAAACUAUGAUGUCCUAUUACUUGUCGGUCUCGGGAUAGGAGCAACACCUUUUAUCAGCAUUCUAAAAGAUCUUCUCAACAAUAUUGUCAGAAUGGAGGAGCUGGCGGAUUCAGUCUCUGAUUCUAGUAGAGGUUCAGACCUUAGUGCUGGGAGUGCAGAUUCACCAUCUUUAAAUAAGAUUUCUCCUAAACGAAAGAAGACACUGAAAACUACCAAUGCUUAUUUCUACUGGGUAACAAGAGAACAAGGUUCUUUCGAUUGGUUUAAAGGGGUCAUGAAUGAAGUUGCUGAACUUGAUCAAAGGGGUGUUAUUGAGAUGCACAACUACUUAACUAGCGUAUAUGAGGAAGGCGAUGCCAGAUCCGCCCUCAUUACUAUGGUCCAAGCCCUCAACCAUGCAAAAAAUGGAGUUGAUGUUGUUUCUGGGACUAGGAGACACAUGAAUGGUUUAUAUUGCAUCUCUAACAAUUGUAUCUCCCACUUUAUAAUCAAAUGUUGUAUAGUUCUUUUCUUUGUUUCUGUGUCUCUACCAAAAAGUAAUUGAAGUUAGACUUAUCUCCCACUAGAGAGACAAAGGAAACAUCUCUGUUUGUUUUCUCUCACGGGCAAAGGAUCCAA